AUGCUCCACUUCUUCAAAAGAUUCACCUUUCUACUAUUUUCCCUGUGGAUCCACGGCCUGAAGGCCGAUAUUUGGCCAUGUACCCAACAGCUUACCAUGAUCCCGCACUCGAAGGAUACUGCAGUAUGUAAGGUCGAGCGGUCUGGCGUUACAAAGACGUUUCACUGCAACUAUGCAAGUUGUUGGUCUGGCUAUCAUCAAUGGACUCCGUUGUCAAAUUGUCAGCUCGUCGGUUCACCCGACAAGGGCUUUUCCGUACAACAGUGUGCCCAUUAUGAAUAUAUGGGAAAUGGUGUAUAUGCAUGUUACAACCCCAAGAAUGUACCCUAUCUAUGUCGGUGGAAUGAUAUCAGUACUUUCAUAUCCAUGGGGUGUACCGAUUGCUAUGUGCCAUAG